AUGGACGAAGACCCAGAAACCACCCUCCAAAACCUCACCACCCAACUAACCACAACCCCCCAAGCCUUCCCAACCUGCUGCCUCUCCCUCUCCACCCCCCUCCUUUCAACCCUAACAACCCUCCUCCCCAAAAAACCAAACUACACCCUCUCAAUCGGCAGCGGCAGCGGCCUCCUCGAAGCCCUCCUAACCCACACCACCCCCACCCUCCAAAUCGAAGGCGUCGAAGUAAACCCCACCGUGAACCGCUACAUCGCCGAACAAGACAUGCACGUUGUCUCGGGCACCUGGGAUCUCCUAUCUUCGCGCGUCCCCGGCGCGAAGGCGUGGAUGUUUGUCUAUCCGCGGGAGCCGAGGUUGGUGGAGCGGUAUAUUGAGGGUUUUGGGGAGACGGGGAUGGUGGAGGUUAUUUUGUGGUUGGGGCCGAGGGCGGAUUGGGGGGAUUAUGUGGGGUGUUUUGAGGGGAGGGGGUUUGGGGUUGAGAGGGUUGUUGGUGUUGAGGGGGGGUUGGAGGGGUUUGAGAUGUUGGGGGUUGUUAGGAGGGUUGGUUCUUUUUAG